AUGCUUCAAAGAACUACGUUUUCCCUUAGAUCUCAAUCGCACAUCUCGAGAGUAAUUGGAGUCAGAUUCAAUUCAUCCUUGAAAGAUGAGGCACAAAAAGCAGCCAAAGGCAUCAAAGAACAAUAUGACAAAACAAAAGAGACAGCAAAUGAAAAGGCUCAUGAGUUGAAGAAAUCGGCACAAGAAUCAGCAAAGUCCAUUACGGACCAGUUUUCGCAAGAAAAGUCCAUCAAUGCCGAAGUUUUGAGCAAGUACAAGAAACAAUUGGAACAGAAGGCCAAAGAGCUUGGCAUCACCAACUUGGACGAGCUCAAGGAAAAGUUCAAAGAUAAAAUUGAAAAGACCAAGAUUGAACUUGGAGCCGAGGAUCCAUUGAAACAAAUUUUAGAGUGGGAAAAACAACAAAAUGAGAAGAGUAAAAAUGGCAGUGUUAUCAACAUUCGCAAGAUUGACGAAAAAAGGGAAAAACUUCCAUUCAAAGUGCUUAAUGAUUUCAUAGACGUUGACAAAGCACGAGGUUUGCCAACUGAGGAUAUCAAGUUGAUUUGGAAGCACAGAUUUCUUGAAAAAGAAAGAGCUUUGCAUGCAUCUUUGGAUAACAGACAAUUUGCUGACAUCUACGCAAAUGCUUAUAGGUAUCCAAACUUUGUUUUGCCAUUACCCAAGCCUCACAAUGAUGGAUACGAGCUCGAGUUUGUGCAAUGGGCAUUUGCUGGUCCAAACACAAUUCAUUGCAUGUUUACCACCUUGGCUGAGUACAAACUAAACAAGGAAUUCGCAAGACCACAUACAACACUCACAUUCCAUCAAGAAUUUAGCCAAGAUAAAGAUUUGGUAUUGAUGAAUGGGGUUAGCGAAAAGGAAGGUGGUUUGACGAUGGAUGAAGCUCAAUUGCUCGCUGUUAAUUUGCAAAGAUUUUACAGUGGAAAAUUCCCUCAAAUGACCAAGUUAUUGAAAGAGUUUAAUGAAGGAAGCGCUGAUUUUAGUGUUGAUGAGUUGAUAAAAGAGGCUACAUCUGUAUAG